AUGCACGUGCCGCCACAGUGGCAGGACGAGCCUCACGACGUGAGCGCUACACACGACAGCGCCGUGAGAGUGCCGUGCUCGGCCCAGGGGUCCCCGCCCCCUGUCAUGGCGUGGAGGAAAGAGACGGCAAAGGGAAAAUGGGCUCCGGUUCACGCCAUUAACUCGAGCGCGCGCAGCUUCAGUGAUCCAGAGACGAUCUGGGCUCCUCGCUUUCAAAACGAAAAUUGGCAAACAUCCAAAUUCCACGACAAUUUUUCACGAAGACGUUAUUUCCUCACCCAGUCAACGGCAAACUCCUUCUCGACGUUACACCACAUCAAUAAAAAAAUGGAUACAUCUAAAAAAUCCUUUUCUAAGCGAGAUUUUCUUCCGAGAGAAAUGGAGAACUCGGCAGACACAAGAAGCUUGUCUGCGAUCAUGGGAACAGAUGCCGAGAAUUCUUUGUUCUUCAGCGCCAUCAAGAAGACACACGAAGGGAGGUAUCUGUGUCAGGCUACCAACGGUGUCGGUGCAGGUCUCUCCAAAAUCAUAUCCGUCUUGGUUCAGGAACCUCCCCGGUUGAGUUCCGAGUCGCCCACGGUCGAGGUACGGGUUGGGGCGGCGGCAACCCUCAAGUGUAAGGCGUUCGGAGACCCGCCCCUCAGCCUGCGCUGGAGUCGAGACCAGCGAGAACUCGCCUCACUUUCCAGGUUUAUCGUUGAGCACACCACGGACGUCAAAGACGGUGGCAGCGCCGCCCGUCUCACCAUAGAGAAGGUUGGCCUCCAGGACUCGGGAUCGUAUCGCUGCGAGGCUUCGAACCCGCACGGCUCACGGACAGCCGUCUUCAAACUCUUGGUCGAAGACGUCCCCGGCGAGGUGCAGGCAUUGCGCGUAGAAGAGUCUGGGUCUCGGCACCUGAUGUUGCGGUGGCGUCCGCCUACAGAGACCGCUGGCAAUAUCACCUCCUACAUCGUGCGCCACAGCCUCCAGCAGGAGGUGUCCUCGACCACCCCGACGGAGGUGCACGUCCAAGGGACCACGACGCACACAACACUAGAAGGACUCCUGCCGGCGUCGUGGUACACGGUGGCCGUGGCCGCCGCCAACAGGGUGGGGCGGGGUAACUUCAGUGGGGCAGUGACCCACCGCACUGAGGAGGAGAAACCCAGUGGUGCUCCGCGCGACGUCCAGGUAACUGCGGCAUCGUCUACCAGCCUCGCCGUGCGCUGGGAGUCGCCUUCGCCGGAGUCGCGGCACGGACGCCUGCUUGGCUUCUACCUCGGCAUCGCCCGAGUCCGAGAUUCAUCACAAGACGAUGCGUUGUCUUACAACUUCACGACGGUGGGAUCAGGUGGUGACACUAGUCAUCACAGUGCAGUGUCAGGCCUGGUGCCCUACACUAGUUACUCCGUCGUGGUGAGAGCCUUCAACGCUCAGGGGGCCGGUCCACCCUCUGAACCGGUCACCACACGCACACUGCAGGACAGACCCAGCAGCCCCCCUUCAGGGGUGCGGUGUGCUGGUGUCUCCCCCACGGCCCUGGAGAUCUCCUGGCAACCUCUCCCUCAGGACGACGCGAACGGUAUCGUCGUUGGCUACAGGGUCACGUACGUUCCAGCUGUCCAGUCAGAAUCUUCACACAUAAAGGACGGGAGCAGCAGAGUGUCUCUCGGUGCCUCUCGCACCAACAUAUCCGGCGUGGUCGAGACCCAGAACGUGACCGCGAGCAUCGACGGUCUGGCCUCCUGGAGCGCCUACAGCGUCCAGGUCUCUGCCGCCACGCAGGCAGGAUACGGCAGCCCUUCUCCUCCGAUCCUGUGCACCACCAAGGAAGGAAUUCCGGACGCACCGCACCGCAUCCGCGCCGUAGCGUACGACCGUAACUCCGUGGUCGUAAGUUGGACGACUCCGCGGCAUCCGCGCGGACGCAUCGUAAGUUACGUCGUCAACUGGCAAGUGGACGGCGUCCCGCAUGACACUGGAUCUCACCGCACCGGCGAUGGCGAGACGCGAUACUACAAAAUAAGGGAACUACCUACGCAUACGCUCGUCAAGUUGUGGGUCCAAGCAGAGUCUGCCGCAGGGCUGAGCCCAGACAGCCCCAUAGCUUCUCUUACUCUCACUGAAGAAGUUGGUGCCGGCAUAUGGUCGGUUGGGGGCAGUGUGAGCGCAGCCUGGCGCACAGACGUGCUCCUAGAAUGUCGCACGGCCGGACAGCCUCAACCGAACGUGUCUUGGACGCACGACCACCAACUGCUGCACAGCAAAGGCGGACAUGGACAGGCCAGAGUCAGAUGGCAGGUGACGGAGAACAAUGCUCUGCGUUUGCUGAACGUUGACCGGAGCAGCGGUGGCCAAUAUCGCUGUACCGCCGCCAAUCAGUUCAACACGGACAACAUUCACUACAACCUCACCGUGCUGGUGCCUCCAUCACCGCCAUCGUUGCACGUCACCAAAACGACGUCGUCGUCUGUUCGUCUGCAGUGGCACGUCACAGACGACGGUGGCUCGCCUGUGACUGCAGCCACCCUCUACUACAGGACGGAGCUCGGGGACACAAAGGAGACGUCGGUGAAGGAUUCUCACGCAACCCUCGCAGGACUGGAGUGUGGCAGUCGCUACAAACUCUUCAUGAUCUGCCACAACUCUGUUGGCAGCAGCGACUCUUCACCCGUAAUUGACGUGACCACAAAAGGCAGUCCUCCAGAAGCGCCCCCGCAGUUCCAGUUCAUCACCCAAAACGGCACCCAAGUCACCCUUUACCUCGGGCUCUGGCAGUCUGGCGGGUGCCCCAUCACCCACUUCACUGUCGAACGCAAGCUCGGAGACGACCACUGGAGAAUGGUAAACGCCGAGGUUGCGCCUACGCGCACGCUGACGGUGGGCGGCCUGGAGCCCCUGCAUACCGUGCGUCUCCUGCGCGUCACGGCCCACAACUCGGCCGGCGCUACGGCGGCCGUGUACAGCCUACAGGCCGACCUCGCUUUAGGUGUGGACAGCCCGUGGAGCCGCGCCACAGCCGGUCAGGGCCCGCACACGGCCGCGGUAUGGCAGGACAUGCGCGUCGUAGCGCCGGCGCUGUCGUGUCUGCUGCUGCUGCUCGGCGCCGCGGUCAAGCUUCUCCUCUGCAUCAGAAAUCGUCGGUCGCGUUUGGCGACCGCAAAGCCUUCCAGCAACGGACUCAAUAGUUACAUCUCCUCUGACGUUAUUCAGAAUGACGUCAAAACAGACGACGACAACUUUAAGAAAAAAGUCGCCAACACCAGCAGGCAUCACGUCCGAGGAGUAGAAUCCAGAUCGUCAGCUGAGGCUGAGUAUCACGCGUACGCAGAUGUCUUGUACAAACAUUCUGCCUCUUCAACCUAUGAUCCAGAGGCAGAGCAUCGCUUCCAACAUCAAGAACAUCCUGAGGCGGCGCUGAAGGCAGGGUGUGGAGACCAGCAGUUCUACAGCGUCGUGUACCGGCAGCCACUGCGCCGCGCUUACCCUGAUCAGGCUGCCUCUGCGGUGCCCAACGAUGGAUCUGUGGUCAUCCAAACUUACAGACGCGAGAAGCCAGGGCGGAAAAAUUCGACGAUGGUAGCAGAGGUCCAAGAUGUGAAAAAAUCAAGAUUCCUAGAGACAUCGACUUCUUUUGAGGAUCGGGAGAUUUAUGAUCGCGAUUCACGAAUGAAAUAAUGUAUUCAUAGCAAGUGAUGAAAAUCCUAUAUAAUGGUCUAAAUGCAUUGUUGUCCGUAGGGUAUAAAAAAAUGAAUUUCCGAGAAGUUGAUAGCGGACGGAAAAAACAUUCGUGGGUUUCGAAUGUUACCCCUUAAAACGUUUUGUACAUACUUUCAUUGAAUUCUAAUUUAAUUUUAGUUUUGUGAAUAUUACAUGUCUGGUGCUCCUGGGAUGUACGUACUGCUCCAAACUGUACUUCUGUAUUCAUGUCAAUUGUAUUUCUUGCAACGUUUCAGUAAAUCACCAGUCGCCAAUAUCCUGUUGCAACUGAUACCAAAACAUUGCGGUACGUUAGCAAUUGGCUAAACUUGAUCUUAACUUGUGCAUAUCGAUAUGUUCUAUUUUUAUCAUAUGAUAAUAUAUUUUAAUUUAUUAGGUACAUCAUAUUAUUAUUUAUACUAUUAUUAUUAUCAACAUUUUACUUACUUUAAGUUGAGUGUUAUCAGUCAAUGAAAACGGAUACGGUUGUCAAGAUCGUGACAUUUCUUAACCACAUAUAUUGAAAAACUGCAACAAUUUACAACGACUGAAAAUUUUUAUUUCCGGAAGGAAAGAAUUAAUUAAAAAUUUUAUCUUUGAACCUUCAUAUACGUCUGUGUUGUCUCUUUGUUUCGUAAUUCCAUCGGUCGUUUGUGUAACUGAAAAUAGAGACAAUUUCUAUUCUAGUGACUCUGUUUCUAGUAGUAAUUAACUACUAUAGAUCAGAACUGCGAAGAAAAUUUCUCUGUAUAUCUCCUGCCGUACAACCUCCAAAAGCCUGUAUUAUCUUAAUGAAGAACUAUCAAUGUCGACUAUCGCUGAUAUCAUCUGACGCUGAUGUCAACUGACGCUGAUGUCAUCUGACGCUGAUAUCAACUGACGCUGAUGUCAACUGACGAUAAUGUCAACUGACGAAAAUGUCAUCUGACGCUGAUGUCAACUGACGAUAAUGUCAUCUGACGCUGAUGUCAACUAUCGCUGAUGUCAUCUGAUGCUGAUGUCAACUGUCACUUUAGUCAACUAUCUUAAUGGGCAAUGAAAAUUAGGUAAAUAGUAUGUCGGGUGAAAGCUGAAUCUACAGUCUUCUUGAAGCGGUUAUAAAGAUCAUAGAUCAUAUAGGUAUCUGGUAACUUCAAUCUAUGCAUUUUUUAAUUCUUUCACAACAUCUCAAUUCAUUGUUAUUUAUACUCUCGUUGAUGAACCAUUUUCGUUGUUUCUUUCAACAGCAAAUCUAACUCCGUACUAAUUAAAAAAUAUAUACGAUGUUGAUUGGAAUUGCGAGCAGGGCAAUGUUAGAUGUGAAUAAUAAAUGAA